AUGAGUGCUAAGGUAGCCACCGCCGUUCAAAGAGAAACAUGCACAAAAACUGUUUGCCCAUGUAAAGCAAGAUGUCAAGCAUUCAGAAAAGAAGUAAUUCUCAGAACAAUUAAAAAUCAUAAAGAUAUUGAAGCUGCCAAGAAGGCUGUUUAUACCGCUAAGAAGAAUGCAGAAAUCAAUGGUGAUUUAUAUGCAGAAGCUGAUCCAAAAUUAAUUGUUGCUAUUAGAAUUAGAGGUAUUAAUGGAGUUUCACCAAAGAUUAAAAAAAUUCUUAAACUUCUUAGAUUAAGACAAAUUAACAAUGCUGUUUUCAUUAAGGCCAAUGCUUCUACUAUUAAGAUGUUAAGACUUGUUGAUCCAUAUAUCACCUAUGGUUAUCCAACUUUAGAAACUGUCCAAAAACUUAUUUAUAAACGUGGAGCUCUUAAAAUUAAUGGAAAUAGAAUGCCAAUUACUUCUAACUGUAUGAUUAAGAAGGCACUUGGAGAUAAAGAUGUCGUUUGCGUUGAUGAUCUUGUUCAUGAAAUUUACACAGUUGGAAAACAUUUCAAAGAAGUUAACAACAAACUUGCUCCAUUCAAAUUAAAUGGUGCUAAAAUUGCUGAAAAGAAUAAGAAAAUCCAUUUCAUUCUUGGUGGUGGAUUUGGAAAUCGUGAAUUACUCAUUAAUAAACUCCUCGCUAAUAUGAUCUAA